AAAUUAUUUAGUGAUAGGACAUUAUAUAAAAAUUUUGAUUUUUUAGCUAUCUAAAAACUUGCAAGACAAACAGAAAAAAUUAGUUACAUAAAUACUGAAUGUACAUCGAAAAAUGGUUCAUCAGAUUUUUGCAAAAUGUUUGUUUGAUUCACAGGAAAAGAUAGGCUGACCAAAAGCAACUGCUACUACUUCAACUUCAGCAUGUACAAAUAAAACAUGUUAUGACAAUAUUAUAGCAAAACAGAUUCUGAAUGUGAUAAUUAUUAUUCCAAAUACAGAACUAUGCAAAUCUUACAGAGGAAUUAAAUACAUGUGAAUUAUUGAAAAAAUAAAUUAGACUAGAUACUUAUAAGAAUCCCACUGCAUUGCAUUCAAGGGAUAUUAAGCAGCUUUUGCUGAAUUCAAGUGAUCUUCUAAAAGAUAUAAAGUUGGAAUACAGCAACUGCAUUG